AUGCCAAGAAAACAGUGCUCUCCCCCUCAAACUCCUGUACACCCAUCGGAAGUUCCAAAGUCUCCAUGGACACGACUUCAUAUCGACCAUGCUGGUCCUUUCCUGGGACACUACUUCCUCAUUCUGGUAGAUGCUCACUCUCGCUGGUUAGAAGUAUGCAUUGUACCCUCUACUUCCUCUGAAGCGACUAUCAAAGUCCUUCAUCACAUAUUCUCUACUCAUGGUCUUCCUCAUCAGUUGGUCUCUGAUAAUGGACCUUCAUUUACUAGUCAAGAAAUUAAGAAAUUCAUGUCUCUCAAUGGUAAUCGCUAUUCACUAACUGCUCCUUACUAUCUGAGGUCUAACAGUCUAGCAGAAAGAGCAGUGCAGACAUUUAAGAAUGCUGUUAGGAAGAUGGAAGGACCACUACAAAAAAGAAUUGCUCGAUUCCUUUUCUCUUACCGAAUCACUCCUCAAUCUAUUACUGGGCUGUUGCCAGCUGAACUCUUAAUGGGACAUUGA